CAAUCUAUCUUUGAAAAUUAGGGUUUUACUCGUUGCCGUCUAUUCUUUUUAGUUCAGACACGAUCUUUGAAACUUUUUAGUUCUAGUCUUUCCGCAAUCCAUACUCCGUGUUCCAGAUGGCAGGAAAGGGCGAGGGUCCGGCGAUCGGGAUCGAUCUUGGGACGACGUACUCUUGCGUGGGUGUAUGGCAGCACGAUCGCGUCGAGAUCAUCGCAAACGAUCAGGGGAACCGCACAACGCCAUCCUACGUAGCCUUCACAGAUACGGAGCGUCUCAUCGGCGACGCCGCAAAGAAUCAAGUCGCCAUGAAUCCUAUCAACACUGUAUUCGAUGCUAAACGCUUGAUUGGAAGGAGAUUCAGUGAUUCUCCUGUUCAAAGUGAUAUGAAGAUGUGGCCAUUCAAGGUUGUUGCUGGACCUGGAGAUAAGCCUAUGAUUGUUGUUCAGUACAAGGGUGAGGAGAAGCAGUUUGCUGCUGAGGAGAUUUCCUCAAUGGUUUUAAUUAAGAUGAAGGAGAUUGCUGAAGCCUACCUUGGAGCGACAAUCAAGAAUGCAGUUGUUACUGUUCCUGCCUACUUCAAUGAUUCACAGCGCCAAGCUACCAAGGAUGCUGGUGUUAUUGCUGGCCUUAAUGUCAUGCGCAUUAUCAAUGAGCCUACUGCUGCAGCCAUAGCCUAUGGUCUUGAUAAGAAGUCUUCUAGUGUAGGUGAGAAGAAUGUUCUAAUUUUUGACCUUGGUGGUGGAACCUUCGACGUAUCUCUGCUGACCAUUGAAGAGGGCAUCUUUGAGGUCAAGGCUACAGCUGGUGAUACUCAUCUUGGAGGUGAAGAUUUUGAUAACAGGUUGGUCAACCACUUUGUUCAAGAGUUCAAGAGGAAGAACAAAAAGGAUAUUAGUGGAAAUCCCAGGGCUCUUAGGCGGUUGAGAACUGCCUGUGAGAGAGCGAAGAGAACUUUAUCGUCUACUGCACAGACCACCAUCGAAAUCGAUUCUCUCUUUGAGGGCAUUGAUUUCUAUUCAACAAUUACUCGUGCUAGGUUUGAGGAGCUUAACAUGGAUCUAUUCAGAAAAUGCAUGGAACCUGUCGAGAAGUGCCUCCGAGAUGCUAAGAUGGACAAGAGCACUAUACAUGAUGUAGUUCUUGUUGGUGGAUCUACUCGUAUACCUAGAGUUCAACAAUUGCUGCAAGAUUUCUUCAAUGGAAAGGAGCUUUGCAAGAGCAUAAAUCCAGAUGAGGCUGUCGCUUAUGGUGCCGCGGUCCAAGCAGCUAUUUUGAGUGGGGAGGGCAAUGAGAAGGUGCAGGAUCUUUUGCUGCUCGACGUCACCCCGCUAUCUCUAGGCUUGGAGACAGCCGGCGGCGUCAUGACUGUUCUGAUUCCUAGGAACACAACUAUUCCUACAAAGAAGGAGCAAGUCUUCUCCACCUACUCUGACAAUCAGCCAGGUGUGUUGAUCCAGGUUUAUGAAGGAGAGAGAACACGAACAAAAGAUAACAACUUGCUAGGCAAAUUUGAGCUCUCUGGCAUUCCUCCAGCUCCAAGAGGCGUCCCUCAGAUUACCGUUUGCUUUGAUAUUGAUGCCAAUGGCAUCCUGAAUGUCUCUGCUGAGGAUAAAACAACCGGGCAGAAGAACAAAAUUACCAUUACGAACGACAAGGGAAGGCUGAGCAAGGAGGAAAUAGAGAAGAUGGUCCAUGAAGCUGAAAAAUACAAGUCUGAAGAUGAGGAACAUAAGAAGAAGGUCGAGUCCAAGAACACAUUGGAGAACUACGCCUACAACAUGAGGAACACCAUAAGGGAUGAUAAGAUUUCCUCCAAAUUGGGUGCUGCUGAGAAGAAGAAGAUUGAGGAUGCUAUUGAUCAGGCCAUCCAAUGGCUGGAUAAUAACCAGCUUGCUGAGGCUGAUGAGUUCGAUGACAAGAUGAGGGAAUUGGAGGGGAUCUGCAAUCCUAUAAUUGCCAAGAUGUAUCAGGGAGGUGAGGGUAUGCCGGCUGGUAUGGACGAAGAUGGUCCUGCUCCAGGUGGUGGUGGCGCUGGUCCCAAGAUUGAGGAGGUUGAUUAAAGGGGUCUUCUUAUGAGCAGUUGGAGUUCUACGGAUGUUUUAUUUGCUGGUUAUGAAGUUUUGUCAAACGUUUAUUUUGAGUUAAUGAGCCCGGUUUAUGUCAAAGGGCUCUUCAUUUCUACUAUGGUUUUGUAACUAUUACAGUUUUUCUGCGCCUUCUGUAUGGCUGAAGGUUCUCUCGCAUUUUAUCUUUCAUGUUUGCCCGCCAUGAGUUAUUCUCUUUUUUUACCUCGUUCUAAGCUUGGUUUUUUUA